AAUGUUGCAGCCAAUCAACGCAGCCGCUGGCUCUCGGCGGGUUCUCCCAGGAAGCGAGAGCCGGGAGGCUUGGCAGCCAUGUCCGGGGAUCAUGGAGGGGAUCCGGGGUACGGGCUGUGCGGGGUAUCCGUACUCUGCUGUCUGACCCUAGCCUGCUCGUACGUGGGCAGUUUGUACGUAUGGAGGAACGACCUGCCCAGGGAUCACCCGGCUGUCAUAAAGAGGCGGUUUACCAGUGUACUGAUUGUGUCCUCCUUGUCCCCUCUGUUUUUAUGUUUGUGGAAGGAGCUGACUGGUAUCAAGACAGAUGCACCACUACUUUCUCUCAUGGGUUUUCGAUUUGAGGGAAUCCUUACCGCAACAGUAUUACCCUUACUACUAACAAUGGUAUUAUUCCUUGGACCCCUUGUCCAACUCUCAUUUGACUGCCCAUGGAAUUUUAUUGAUGGAUUAAAAGUUGCUUUUGAUCCUCGAUUCUGGAUGCUGUGCGUGACUGACAUGCUGUGGCUUCGUAACCAGGUGAUUGCUCCUCUAACUGAGGAGCUGGUGUUCAGGGCAUGCAUGCUGCCAAUGUUAGUUCCAUGUACUGGUUCCGGCCCAGCCAUCUUCACAUGUCCCCUUUUCUUUGGCAUUGCCCAUUUCCAUCAUGUGAUUGAACAACUCCGGUUUCGUCAGGCAACAGUUAUCAGCAUCUUUCUUUCAGCUGCUUUUCAGUUUUCAUAUACCGCAGUGUUUGGGGCAUAUACAGCAUUUAUAUUUCUGAGGACUGGGCACCUGAUAGGCCCAGUCCUAUGCCAUUCCUUUUGCAACUACAUUGGCUUUCCUGCUAUUUUCUCAGCACUGGACCACCCCCGUUGUGCAACCAUUCUUAUUUUUUAUUUUCUUGGGGUUGCACUUUUCUUUCUGAUGCUCUACCCCAUGACUGAUCCUGUGUUGUAUGGGGACAUUCCAGUUUGUCACUUACUGGAAAAAGGAUCUGCAGAAUACCACUCCAUUUGCUCUUGACAACACCAGCAAAUGCAGCUUUGAUUACUUCUCACAACUGAAGGGAGAAAGUACAUAUUUUUACCAUCUGAAAGUGUUCAAGACUUGAUUAAGCUAAAUGAACUUCUUUUGAUUCACUGGUGAAUCUCUUACCAUGAGUGGUGGGGCAAACUGACAAAGAUGGUGCAUUGAGUUUCUUUAAAGUCUAGAAUUUUCUACUGAAUGUUUAGAAAAUAUCUAUUCUAAUAUUGUCCAGCAAUGUAGAGAGAGAACAUAUCUUUUGGUAUCUUCACUAUGCACUCAGUUUUUGGGUGUACUGCUGCUCUUUCAAAUCAAGCUGUUUGUAUUGCCGGGCAUGCCUCACAGUUAAGUCGCGUAUAUUUUUGGAACCAAAAUUUUAUUCCAUAGUUGUCUAUUUUUGUACAUAUUGUGUGGACCCAGAAUUAAAUUAUUUUCAUGUUUGGUGAA